AUGAUUGUUGGCAUCGUGACAUGCGGGACGCUUCCACCCGACGAGCCAACUGCCUUCGGAAAGUACGCCGACAGCUCCGUAUCAAUCACUAUUCCGCCCUGUGAGGCUGACGCUGCAUCAGACGAGAUGCUCCCUGCAGCAAUGCCAGCAGCAACACCAACGGAGCCUUUCGAGUGCACCUCGGCAAAGACAAUAACCUCGUCAUUCACAAGAGCAACUCAUGAGACACGGAAAGAAUCCGUUGCAGCAUCGAAGCCAUCUUUGGCACUCAAAUCAAUGGUUACAUUCGCAAACGACUGCUGUUUGGGUAGCCGAUAA